AUGCCCAACCCUAGACGAAAUAGGCAAAAACCAAAGAAAAACAACAGUGCCACCGAUUUCCAUUUCUCUCAAUCGACGUCAUCAUUUUCGUCUGUCACCAAUAGAGAUCGUUCCGUCUCCGUUCCUCCUCGGAAUGGUGAUGUCGCGGCGGUUACGGCUUCAUCCGCAAUCUCUCACUCUGGACUCGUUUCAAA